GCCCAAUCCGCUGGCCACUCGUGCCUCCUUCACCAGUCGACAGGCAGCGUCUCCGACAGCUCGAGAGCUACACAGCACUCAUUCCGUGUUAUAGACUUCUCUCUAGAGCUUCGAGCCGACACAAGCCAGUCGAGCGACCCCUGUGCCGCCCAGCCCGCGCAGCACUCACCCUCUCCCAGGCAACGCCCAGCCCCUAAUUCCACGGCCGCUCCAUCGAACCUUUACGAGCACCAACUUUGCUCCGAAGACGCCAUCGCCAGCUUCGGAUACGUUCCCUAGGCCUUGAACGACAGCAGCAGAUCCCAUCCUGAAUCGCCCAACCGCCAGUCCGGUCGCGGAGUCCAACUGUGGUCUGGCGAUAGGAGCGACCCCCUCAUUUAAGCCGUGUCCUGUCCGCACGCAUGCGCGCCACUAGCAGCUCUCGAGCCCGAUCACAAUUGCCCGGCCUGCCUCACGAGUCCAAGUUUCUGGCGCAAGCGACGGCGCUUUUUCGAACAUAAUGGGGUUUCUUGGUGUAUACAAGGCCAUAUACGAUUAUGCGCCGCAAUCAGAGGGCGAGCUUCAGCUCACGGAAGGGGACGUCCUCUACGUCCUCGAAAAGAGCACAGAUGAUGAUUGGUGGAAGGCCAAGAAGAAGGCCGACGUGGAGGACGAUGACGAGCCUGUCGGCUUGAUACCCAACAACUAUGUCGAGGAGGUCGGCCCUGUUGGCCACGCGCGCUCUCUAUACGAAUAUACCCGCCAGACCGAUGAAGAGCUGUCUUUUCCGGAAGAAGCACAGUUGCAGGUUUUCGACACGACUGAUGAAGACUGGAUCCUGGUCGCCUACGAGGGUGACUUCGGCUUCGCCCCAGCCAACUACAUCGAGAUGGUCGAUGCUGGAUCUGCCACCGCCGCCGCCGCGCCACCUCCACCCAGUCUUCCAACUCGGCCCCCGGCUGCGCGCGUCGAAGAGGACGAUGGACCUGCGAGCCCGCCUUUGCCGCCGCGCCAAGUGUCGUUCGCCGACGAUGUGGCUCCUCCGAGUCCCGAAGCACCGGCCGGACCAGCCGCGGCUCUGGCAGGCGUCAUGGCUGGCAGGAGCGCAGUCCGCGCCUCACCACCCAGCCCAAUCCAAGCUCCUUCCAGACAGAUGUACUCAGAGUCCGAGGAAGAGCCCAGUCCUGCUUUACCGAACCGUCCGAGACAUCAAUCUGUAGUGAGCAACGAUGAUUCCCUCGCUUCGCCGCCGCCUCGAACGUCGAGUCGCCAUUACGAUGAGGAAGCUUCGCGCGACAGCCAGGCUGCACGGAUUGCGCCUGGAGGUUUCCACAUGUACAACAUCAACGAAAUGGUUUCAGUUAUGGGCAAGAAGAAAAAAAUGCCCACGACUCUUGGCGUGAACCUCAAGACAGGCGUCAUCCUCAUUGCUCCUGAGCAUGCGCAGGAUGGUCCUACGCAAGAGUGGACCGCCGACAAGAUGACGCACUACUCGAGAGAAGGCAAGCACGUCUUUAUGGAGCUCGUCAAGCCGAGCAAGAGCAUCGACUUCCAUGCGGGAGCCAAGGACACUGCUGAGGAGAUUGUGAGCGCAUUGGGCGAGCUCUCCGGUGCUAUGCGUGCCGAAGGCCUCCGCGAGGUCAUUGCCGCCGGGACCGGCCAGCUUCAGAAAAAGGGUCUUGUGCUGUACGAUUUCAUGGCGCAAGGUGAUGACGAGGUCACUGUCGCCAUUGGUGACGACGUAAUCGUGCUUGAUGACACCAAGAGCGAUGAGUGGUGGUUGGUUCGCAGAGUAAAAAACGGCAAGGAAGGCGUCGUUCCGAGCAGCUAUGUCGAGGUCACUGAGACGGUAAAGACGCCGACAACGGCAAUGGCUGCAUCGUCCACGUCCGGCAUCAAUGCAGGAAAAUCUCAUGUGGCGCAGAACAGACUCGAAGAGCAACGCUUGACACGCGAGGCUCUCAAGAAGGAGCCUACAGACGGAAGCAGUCGGCGUGAAAGCACUAGGAACGAGAGCUCACGUUCAAGCUCUUCCAAGUCUAAGCCUGACCCUAAAAAGGUCCGAUCCUGGACAGACCGCUCAAAGUCGUUCAGUGUCGAAGCCCAGUUCCUUGGUCUUAAGGACGGCAAGAUCAACCUCCACAAGAUGAAUGGUGUCAAGAUCGCCGUUCCUGUGGCUAAGAUGUCAGUAGAGGACAUCGAGUACGUCGAGCAGGUUACAGGCAAGUCGCUCGACGAAGACCGUCCCCUGUCGGACGUUAAGCGAGCUGCAAAGUCGAGGCCUAGUGGUUCAAGCAGCUCCUCGCGACCGCAAGGAGCCAAGGUUGGCGCGACCAUUGAGGCACCAAAGUCCGACUACGACUGGUUCCAGUUUUUCUUGUCGUGCGACGUCGCUGUCGGGCUUUGUGAGCGAUAUGCGCAAGCUUUUAUCAAGGACUCCAUGGACGAGAGCGUACUGCCCGAUGUCGAUGCCAGUGUCCUUCGCAACCUUGGACUCCGGGAAGGCGACAUACUGAAGGUUAUGCGUUACCUAGACAAGAAGUUUGGGCGCGACGGCAAGAAGAAGGCGGCUGAUGAUGGUGAAAGCGGUGGCGGCCUGUUCUCCGGCCCAGGUGGAACGCUACGAAAUAACACUCGGAAGGGGCGGCCCGCGCCAGCGACACAGACGAGUGAUGUAGUUGACCCCAAGGCCUUUUCUCAGCAAAAGGACGACAGUGCCGACAGCUCUGAGACGAGCUCCCCGGUGGUUAGCCGACCCAAGACUACGAAGAGCCCUACUACUGCAGGCAGUAGCGGCUUCGACGAUGAUGCGUGGGAUGUCAAGCCCUCGAAGCAAGCCGAAGCCCCUGCGAGACCGGCGCAAGUCGCUUCUCCGGAACCCAAGGCCACGCCUCAGCCGGCACAGCCUCCUCCUACUCAGUCCAUGCAGGAGCUCUCUUUACUCUCACAACCGCUGGAGCCCACGAAAGCACCACCACCGGCGAUCACACAGCCGCCACCGCAACCGCAAUCCGCGCUCCAACCACAGCUGACACAGACCCAACCUCAAGGCGCCACUCCUUCUUUCUUCACUGGGGUCGCUCAGCAGAUCACAGGCAUUCAACCCUUGCAGACGGGGUCGCCAGCCCCGGCGCAGCCUUUGGGCCUCGGGCUUGGACCUCGUGCACGCCCGACACCUCCCGCAAUGACUGGUGUUGGCAGUGGAAUGAUUGCUCCUCCGCCAGGACGUGCUCUCUCAGCACCACAGUCUGCCCAGCCAAGCGCUUUCAAUCUGCCCCCAAUGCAGCCUCAAGCGACGGGCAUUGCUCCUCCCGGGCAAAGCCUUAACGAGAUCAACCAACAACGCAUGAUGAUGAUGAUGCAGCAGCAGCAACAACAGCAGCAGCAGCAGAUGGGGAUGUUCCAACCCCAGCAGACAGGCAUGUCUUACAACCCUGGCAUGAUGCCACAGCCGACAGGUUUCCAGCCGAAUCAAUUCAUGCAGCCAAACAUGACGGGCAUGCCUCAGAUGGGCCAGAUGCAACAAGGACCUUUCCAACCACAAGGGCAGUUCUCGCCCAUCAACAAUCAGCCCACGGGUUUCGCAGGUGGCUUUGGUCAGCCCCCACAACAGCAGUUCCCCCAGCAGACCGGCAUCAACUCCUUCCUGCCACCGGCUCUUGAGCCCGACAGGACCGGCAUGCAGCCCAUGCAGCCCAUGCAGCCCAUGCAACCCCAACCCACUGGUGCCGGAUUCGGCGGCUUCACCCGCGUGGGUGGUGGCGCCGGCCCGGGCUACAGCAACGGGGUCAACAGCACGUCACCCCCGCCACAACUGCAACCGCUUCAGCCCCAGCAGACGGGCCCUGCGCCGCCUGUGCGUUUCGGAGUCACAGAAAAGAUUGCGCCUCAACCGACGGGCCGUCGUGCAAACUUGUCCGCAGCUACGCCGGACAACCCGUUUGGAUUUUGAGUCGUCUGUCAGUGAACCCGAUCCGCGUACGGUUCUGGCUGAACUGUAGCGCCACGAGGGUGGCGAGCAUGCACGGCGUGUAAGGCUCGAGAGGGAUGCGACCAUUCUACAAGGAUGAUGAUAGACCAGGAAGUCGCUAGGAAUGGACAAUGCGUGUGAGCGGGAGGACAGGACAUGUGGG